CCCACCUCUGUGAUGAACAUCCGCAAUGCCCGGCCCGACGACCUGAUGAACAUGCAGCACUGCAACCUGCUGUGCCUGCCGGAGAACUACCAGAUGAAGUACUACUUCUACCACGGCCUGUCGUGGCCCCAGCUCUCCUACAUCGCCGAGGACGAGGACGGCAAGAUCGUGGGCUACGUCCUGGCCAAGAUGGAGGAGGACCCCGACGAUGUCCCCCACGGGCACAUCACCUCGCUGGCCGUGAAGCGUUCGCACCGGCGCCUCGGCCUGGCCCAGAAGCUCAUGGACCAGGCCUCGCGGGCGAUGAUCGAGAACUUCAGCGCCAAGUACGUGUCCCUGCACGUCCGGAAGAGCAACAGGGCGGCCCUGCACCUCUAUUCGAACACCCUCAACUUCCAGGUUAGUGAGGUGGAACCCAGGUACUACGCCGAUGGGGAAGAUGCUUACGCCAUGAAGAGGGAUCUCUCCCAGAUGGCCGAAGAGCUGAGACAGCAGCUGGUGCUGAAGAAGGGCAGAUAUGUGGUUCUGGGCUCCGGGGAGAACCAGGAGGCCCAGGACAGCACACUUCCUGGUGCCGACAAGAACCCUGCCAGAGAAGACAGUGGCAGUGACAGCACUGAUGACCAGGACAGCUCAGAGGACCGGGAUUUCACCUCCUAG